AAAGAGCAUACGUAUAACUGGGCCCAGCCCGCAAACUCCUGUUCAGGUUUUCUCUUCUCUCCCUCAUUUCGACUUUCGACUGCAUCACCACCCUCGCCAUCGCAACAAUGGAAGAUUCUCCCCACCACCACCACCAUCACCACCCCGACGACACCCAUCAGCACUCACCCUCCUCCGCCUCUCCCACCACCGGCACCUGCUGCAAGUGCGGAGGCCCUACAACCUUCGCCCCCCCUAUGCCAACCCCCACCUUCACCCCUCCCCCCACCUACCGCCCCAUCCGCGCCCCCGCAAUCCCCCCAGACCCUAACUCCACCCGCGCCAUCAUUCUCUCCCCGGUUCCACAAGCCCAAAAGGUUCCCAUUUUGCCCCCACCCUACGACUUUCACACCCCCACCAAGCGCAUUCACUCCCCCGAUGAUAUUCGCCGCUUCCACGACUCCUUCUCCGGCAAAAACUUCCUCGGCUUCGUCGUCGCCCUCUCCGAAUCCAUCCGCGGCCGCAAAAUCUCUGAUCAGUGUCACGAAUCCCCAGCCACUCUCGCCGUGCUCUCUAUCCUCGAAACCCUAACCCUAUUCGCCGAUGAAACCCCCCCUGUUCCACAAUCCGCGCGCUACGGAAACGUCGCGUAUCGCACCUGGCACGAGAAAAUGUCCAAUUCCGCAGAAUCACUGAUCUUAAAGCUCCUCCCGGAGAAUCUGCAACCGGCGACUGUCGAACUCGUGCCCUACUUCACUGACUCCUUCGGAAACGCGAGCCGCAUCGAUUACGGCACCGGGCACGAGACGAAUUUUGCGGCGUGGCUGUACUGCCUGGCGCGGCUGGGAGUGGUCGGAGAGGAGGAUUAUCCGGCUCUGGUGGCGAGGGUGUUUGUGAAGUACUUGGAGCUCAUGAGGAAAUUGCAGUUGUUGUAUUCCUUAGAGCCUGCAGGGUCUCAUGGUGUGUGGGGGCUUGAUGAUUACCACUUUUUGCCCUUCAUAUUUGGGUCUUCCCAGUUGAUUGAUCACAAAUAUAUGAAGCCUAAGUCUAUUCAUAAUGAGGAUAUCUUGGAGAAUUUCUCCAAGGAGUAUCUUUACCUUGCUUGCAUCGCCUUUGUGAAGAAGGUGAAGAAGGGGGUGUUUGCCGAGCACUCGCCCAUGCUGGAUGAUAUCAGUGGGGUGCCCAAUUGGAACAAGGUGAACGGUGGGUUGCUCAAGAUGUACAAGGCUGAGGUUCUUGAGAAGGUCCCCAUCAUGCAGCAUUUUCUCUUUGGAUCGAUAAUUAAGUGGGAAUAGUUCUUGGCGUCCACUGCCGGCUUUCCUGUGAGGACAAGCUAUAUAAAAUAGGUUGAUUUGGAAGCUAUAAGGUUGUUUUGAAGGGUUUGUAAUCUAACUUUACCAAAAGGUCAUCCUUAUAAGAUUAUAGCACCUUCGCAAAGGUAAAAGAUAAUGGAAAGAGUUUCUUUCUUUUGCCAUAUGACUGACGUGAAUGUUUGCUACCUGUAGAAAGAUGGUUCUACUUCUGUACUCACAAAAAUAUGAAGUUGAUGUAUUCAUUGCUGUUUCUGGUUCUUGCGUUAUGAGCAGCUUAGAGUGUAGCCCCUUAAUCAUGUGAUUGAAUUUUGUAGUGAAUAAAUAAGUUUGAAAUUUUAUUAUUUAGUUUCUAUCAGACUUUUGUCAUUACGGCUACGGAACUCCUAGAUGAUAAACGUGUAACCUAUGUUGUCUCUAUUAAGAUCAAUCAUUAUUUCUUCCCUUCUGGUCA